GUUUACUGACGUUAUUUUUAAAGUGUGAGCUCAUAGAUGCUGCAAACAAUGAAUGUGUGGAUUGCACUGCUUAUAGAGGUCGCUGCAAAAUGACAACGACGGGUUGGGCCCCUUUCAGGCAUUCGACCAACGAUGCCAGGAUUGUUGUCAAGUUGCCCUCGUAUACCGAUGGCGAUCCUAGUCUCGCCCGAUGUGUGCUUGAUGGCUAUGAUAUAAAAGGACAAAUCGAGACUUUCAUUUGCUUCUGGGCACCAUAUAUGGGUUGUCAGGCAGUCGCCAGAAGCGAUGUUAUCAAUAAACAUCAUAUGCAUCCCAUAGUUUGUCGAACUUGUGCCAAAUAUUGUGGCUGCUAUACUGGAACUAAAUCCAAAGCUGAUCUAUGACCAGCUCCAUGAUGAUUCAAAACUCACCCUGUAAAAAUACAACUACUAUAAAUAGUUGUUUAAAUCUUUAUUUGAAAGUAUUUGUGUUACAUUUUCAAAUUUGUGAAACUCUUUGUAGUUUGCUUAGUUAGAAAUGUCAAUAGCUUUCAAUAAUCUCUGUAACAAUUCUUGAUUUAUUGUU